AAUCCGCUUAGGUGCGUGACUUAUUGAACCGGUGUGUUGAGAACGAGCAAAAGUGUUAUAUGAUUAGCAUGUGUUCAAGUCGGAGAGGAAAUAAAGUGAUGUGAUUUAACAUUAAAUGGAUGCAACGUUAAAUAUGUCUCUGUCUAUAGCUUCGUAAAAAUGAAUAUUAUGUUCUUUUUAAAUCAUGUUUAAACCAAGCGGAGUAUACCUUUGUGGGAAAUAUAUCCUGUUGUUGUUGAUGUUCGCUCGUUUUGCGGAUGGCUCCUACCAGCUGUCCGUCCCUUCCGAAUAUGUCGCUUUCUCCGGCCACCUUAUCAUUGGCUACAAAAUCCCAGACGCUAUUCAUCUCCCAAACGCUUUCGUCCGUCUGUACCUGAUCUCAGACAAUCGCGAAGAGGUCAUCCAGACGCUUGCUAUAGAUCCGGCCUACAAAACCGGAAACCUUCAGAUCACGUGUGGCAUCAUCGAAGUGGCGGGUCAGUAUGACUUAAAGAUGUUUGAUUACGAUGGCGGAAGAAUGCUCAUCCGUGCAGUUGUGAUUGUACGGUGGCCUGAAGUGACCUUAACGUUGCCGUCUGGAAUUCAUUAUGCUCAAAGUAGUCCCGUCCUGUUGCGGAUUAAUUCUAGUGCAGUGUGCAAUCCUUUACUUAAAAAGUACAGUUUUAAAAUUGAACUUGACUAUUCAGCCAAUGAUUCCAUGAUCUCAAAAAAUGGCAAAAAGGAUGUGAUAUAUUCAGAGCCAUUUUCUGACUUUUUCGCGAGAAACUUUUCGCUACAGCUGCCGUGUCAUAUGUUCGAUACAUCAGGGAUAUUCGGCGUCUCUUUAACAUCAACAUUUAGUGCCAUAUCGCAAGUUGCCAGAAGCAACCCUCUAGUGACGAGUUUAAAUCCAGCAUAUAAAAUCAUUAUAUAUCAAAAAACCAUAUUCCCAUGCGCCGACAAUUUUAUUAUCAACUAUGGAGUACCGCAGUGCCCCGGCCUCAAGGAAAACAACCGCAUUCGGAUAUAUCAGCUAAUUCGGACAUCAUUCGGGUCCAUGGCGUCACCGGUAACCAGACAUUACGUCAUGGAGAGAUUUGCAGACCCGGACAAAACGUUCCUCUCGGAGAACUGCGCUGCGUUCGAGACCGUAUCGGUGGGCUACUGUUUCCAGUAUGUGACCUUUGUGAGGGACAAUGUCGUCAUCAACCAGACCGAACGAUGCCUCUCCGCUCACCCAGACUCAGGACUUGAAAGGCUGUGUCACCUCACAUCGCUGGACUUUGAUUUGGCUGAGCCUUUCACUACUCCUAUGUCUUCUGUGCUUAGCGUUGCUGUAACAUUGAGAAAACCAAUAUGGAAGUCUUUUGAACUAGUAAAUUAG